AUGAGUGAGGAAGUGACCGUUUCGUCGACAACUAGUGAUAAUGAAGAACAAAAUAACAACCUGAUAUCGGUAAAAGGUGUUACAGUUACUGAAUCAUCGGAUUAUAUAGAAGAAAACGGUGAAAAUAGUGAAUCGGAUAACAAAAGUGAAAAUGAUAGAUACGACGAUGACCACAGCGUGAUAGAUUCUUUUAUGCAAUGUACAAACGAAGAGGCGGAAGCGCGAUUAUGGGCAAAAAGGCAAGCCAGAGCCGAAGCGAGGGAAAUACGAAUGAGGGAACUAGAACGACAACAAAAAGAACAAGAAGAAAAUGCAGACAGGCAAUUCGACAUGCUAUCGUCAGAGCCGACCUCAUUGGUAAGGACCCCGAGAAGUGCUGGAAAUCGAUACUUGUCCAGCCGAAGAAGCUCAGAAGAUUCUUUGGAAGAUGGAGGAAGUUUAAGAGAAUUAAGGCACGAAUUGAAAGAAGUCGAGGAUAAAUUUCGAAAAGCGAUGAUAGCCAAUGCUCAGUUGGAUAACGACAAAACUGCGCAGACGUAUCAACUAGAACUGUUGAAAGAUAGACUGGAAGAAUUAGAAGAGGAACAUUCUCAACUUAAAAGGGAGCACCGAGAGAAAUGUCGAGAACACCAAACUUUAAAAAGUAUUUGUGCUAAAUUAAAAGAAGAUUUAGCAGUGACGAGGUACGAACUCGAAGAACGAGAUCGACUAAUCGCAGAAAAGGGGCUAGUGAUAGUGGGUGAUGAUGCAUCGCCUGAUGAUGAAGAUGAAGAAGUACAACAUCCACCGAAGAAGGCUUUAGUUAGUGUGGAAAAUGCUCAUUUGUUAGAAACUGCAGGAGAUGGAAGUUUAGAUGUACGGUUAUCUCGGUUCCUUAAAGAGAAAAACGAACUUCAAGAUCAAAUUAGCCAUUUAAAACUAGAAUUAGAAGAAGAAAAAAAUAAGAGGAGGAAAAUAAGUUCGGGUGGCAUCUUGAAUGGGCCCUCUUCUGACUAUGAUUAUGACGACAUUCAAAGAGAAGCGAGAAAUCAAUUGUCGGAUUGGAAGUUUAGAGCUCAGAAAGCAGAACAAGAUGUUGCAACACUUCAAGCGACAGUGGCACGAUUAGAAAGCCAAGUUAUUAGGUACAAAACUGCCGCUGAAACCUCGGAACAGUCUGAAGAAGUUCUUAAGGCAGAGAAGAGGAAAUUGCAGCGGGAAGCAAGAGACGCGCUUAGUCGAGCUGAAGAACUUGAAACUGCAAAUUCGCAUUUGCUUAAGAGAUUAGAUAAAUUAAAAAAUGCCAAAUCGGCCUUACUGAAAGAACUGUAG